UCUCACAUCCCAGAGUCAACUGUUCAUGGUGUCGGUUUAGCUGUCUUGGGGUCUAUCUUCCUCGGAUGCUUCAUCGUAUAGCCCCGACGUCCGUCGCUAAUGAUCCUUCAGAUUCUGUGCCAUAGGACUGGAAGUUCUGUCCACAUCGGCGCGGUGGAAUGACGGUUCUCUCAUCCAGACCAGAACUUUACCCCUGAAGAGUCGCGUUGACGCUGCGCGACUUGAUGGCUGGUUCGAAAAUGGAUAGGAAGGACCUGCACGUUCUGACAAGGAAGCGGAUACACCGGGGAAACAGCAAUCCCUUCAACCAAACAUGGCCUUGUUCGUUGGCGCCGUGAGGUCUCAAGAGCCUGGGGAUUCUUAAGCCUGCUGACUUAUCAAGAGCCCUCUCUCUCCUAGUUUGCUUGUGCUGUCAUGGAGACAGGGACUUACCAUGUCCAUGUUGAGAACAACCCACGUUCCCGUUCUGCCAUGGGAUAUCACGGUCACGUGCUUUGCUUCAAGGUAAGUUGAGCAGUCCAGAGUCUUACUUGUUCGCUGGCUCCCAACAUGCCCUUUAUAUGACGCAGCCGUCUGCCGUCUACGGCACAUUCUCAUCUCUAGAGAUACAUGUGCAUCAGAACAGAAAUAGGGCUUGCGCCUACAAGGCAUCGGGUUUUAAGACCGCUCCUUCGGCAUGUCACAUGGCACGUACCACAGGUACGGAGAACAAGCUGUCAGUGACAGAACGACAGUUACAUGUGCCUCACCUGAGUGGCGUAUCGACCUCUCACAUCUGUCACUGUCGCCUCAUUGGUGCUUUUGGGGUAUUGUUCCUGCUAUUCACAACUUGAAUUGGGGGACAUAAAGCGCGUGAAUUACGGUGUCGUUUCUUUGUGCUCUUACACAAUCUCUCACUCAACGUGCCUCGAUCUGGGGCCUUGCCUCCAAUCCUACUUUUCGAGGUCAUUCAAAUUUCCCUUCCACCAUACAGCCAUUGUGUUUUGUGGUUGUAGUGGUUGAGGCAACUUUCCGCUUCGAGACUCCUCAUCUUCUCAGUCAUUCUUGACCUUCGCAAGCUGGAAGAUUUAGACUCUUCUCACUCCCUCACCUCUCUUGUUUGUCACAGAGAGCAGACAUCCUUCUCUUCUCUUGUCAACAUGGCACUCAGCUCUGCUUCCCAGACGGAUGGAAUCAACACUGGUCAUUGGACACCGAUUUCCACCUUGUCCCGUCCUGCAAACGUUCCCUCUCCUGAAGCGAGCAUGUCGACUUCGAAGACGAUUGUUUCUCAAGAGGUGCAAGUCAAGAGUGUCAAUGGCACGAAGUUGCAUGGUCAAAUUUAUCACCAAAAGCCCGCGGAAACACGUGCUCUUCACUCCGUGAUCGCAUUUCGGCCUCAAGUUGCAAUCAUUCAAGCUUCCAACAUCGAAUAUCCAAAAAAUCACUUACUCGGCAUUCCGCAAGAAGUUCGCGACACCAUUAUAGGCCUUGUUCAUCCGACCAAGCAGACAGUUGGUGCUCCGCCUUCGACUAGCUGCGAAAUAUUUCAUUUCGUCUGCCGCCAGACGUAUCAUGAAUCAACCAGUCGCUUCAGCACCCAAGCUACUGUACUGGUACCAUCCAAUCGUGUGGAAGAAUUCCUCAAGAGAUCGCUAAACAUCCGCACACUCAGAAGCAAUGCUUACCAGAGCGUCAAGAGCCUCUUCGUCGAAAUUCCCCACAACAGUAACACUAAUGUUUUCCUUCAGAUGGGCGAAGUGCUGAGACGUUCGGUUCAACUUGAAGAGCUGCAACUGUUCGGGGUUGGAGCAGAUGGCUAUGGAGUCAAGACGAGUUCUGCUGCUCACCCUUGUGGUAAACAUGAUAUUUCGAUCAUGCCACUAGUUCGCAAGCUAUCCAUUGACGGUCAGCAGUAUAUACGUCGCCUAGCUCUGGCCAACAGCAUUCCAUUCCUGGACAAGCUGCGAAUUCUUGUUCUGGAUAACCUCAACUUUCCUUUGCUUCAAUCGCAUGUAUUCAGGAACAAACCACUGCUCGAAAAGUUGCACAUUGCAGCAGACCCGCGGACCGUUAUGCAUGCAGAGUACAAGGCUGGGUGGAACCACACAGUUGGCGGUCUCAUCUUCCUGACACACGACGAAGCACCUCCUGUCAAAGAACUACGUGUCGAUUCCAAUUCCAUUUUUACUGCAAGUCAAAUCGUCUUGAAAGUGGCUGGGACUCUGGAAAGACUCGAAUUGGUGAUCCCCGAUAUGUCAUUCCAAGUGCAUACUACGAACCGUAUCAACUUCUUCUCGGAGGCCACCACGCUUCUUCAUAGACUCCACCUUGACGCCAGACGAUUACGCGAACUCAAAAUCUGUGUUCAUGGCGCCAUCUCGGAAGACAGCUAUCACUACGCAAACUUCAUGGGAGCUCUCAAGGAUUGUGUCUCACGCAUGAAGUCUCUCCAACUCAUUGAGCUUCAUGUCCAGUCUCAGUCGCCAUGGUUUGCUCGAGAAUUCAUCGAGGCAGUACCUCCCUCCGCCACUCGACUCUACCUCACCGACCUGUUCAUUGAGAGAGAUGUGGGUGAUCUCACGGGCUUCGUUGGUGAGAAAACAAACACGCCGUUGCUGUAUUGGAACGAAAUCAAUGAUGCUUACGCCAUUGGCGAGGAUCUUCGGAGAAACGAUUACAUCAGAUUCAGUAACAACCAACUGGCGUUUGUGGGGUACGAGUACGAUCUUCUGGUGGGGCAGAGUGCUGCGGACGUGCAAUCCAAGGCUAUGGCCAAAUUUCUGAAGCUCAAUGGCAGACUGUUGGAUAAAGAGCGAAACCGACACCUGGCCCCACUGGCAGGUAGACACAUACUAUUCAAACAGGGCGGCACUGGAAGAUAUGCAGAUACCGCCGAAACCCGCUCACAAGCAAAAGUCGAGAAGUAUCGCAAAGUGCUGGACAAGUGCGGCUUACAUGACAACGAAUACUUUGGGUGUGAAGACGUGGCAGAAGCGGUCUUUCAGAACGAGCCUGCGGCUACAGGUGGCCACUAUAGCUAUCCGAUGGUUUUGGAGGUUGAGGAUGAGUUCAAGUUUUCCAACCACUGGCUGAGCAAGUGAAGGAUCACAGGCAACAUCAUUGGAAAAAAGACUAUUUGAGCCAAAUGAAAACAGCACCGGAGCUUGACUUGGGGAUGGGAUACCGACAAACAAUGCGCAUUCGGGCUUAUGGGAUGUGCUGAUCCACGGACAUAUUUCACGGCGGUUGGGAGUUCAGGGUCCCCUCCACGACGGGCAAAGACAGAGUAUGAGGGUGAAUGGUCUCAGACACGAGUCGAACAGACGGCAUAUCAGAAAUCAAAACUUGAUAGACGGAAAACGAGAGAGCUGAAAAGGCGUAGAGAUUCCAAU